AUGCUGCUGCUUCUUCUGCUCACAAACGCUUUUGUCCUUCUGCCCUGGGCUGGGGCUGGAAGGAUCAUUGGCGGAAGGGAAGCUGUGGCCCACUCCAGACCCUACAUGGCUUUUUUAAAAAUUAAAAAUGCGACAAAGACUAGUAGGUGCGGAGGGUUCCUGAUUCGCCCAGAUGCAGUGCUCUCAGCAGCUCACUGUGUGGAUAAAAAAGGGAUAGUGAGCUUCUCUGUGAUUCUGGGAGCCCACAACAUAAGUAGUCAAGAACCAAGCCAGCAGAAGAUCCCUGUUGGAAAAUGGGUCAUCCAUCCUAAAUAUUCCCGUAAAGGCUGCAUAAAUGAUAUUAUGCUGCUGAAGCUGAAGAAAAAAGCCAAGAUCAAUGAGUAUGUGCAAUAUAUCUCCUUUGCCAAGGAAAAUGAACAUGUGAGAGUAGGAGCCUUAUGCAGGGUGUCUGGCUGGGGCCGGACAUCUCUGAACCCGCCAGCGAGUGAUGUCUUGAGGGAGGUGGAAUUGAAGGUGCAGAAGGAGAAAAUCUGUCAGAAGUUUUCCAAAUACUUCCAGCCUCAGUCUAUGAUCUGUGUUGGUGAUGAAAAGAGUAAAAAAGCAGCUUACAAGGGUGAUUCUGGUGGCCCAUUAGUCUGCAAUAAGAAGGCUCAUGGCAUUGUUUCUCAUGCACGUAAAUACAACCUCUUCCCUGAGGUAUUCACCAGGAUCGCCCACUUUGAGCCCUGGAUCCGUAAGCAGCUGACAAGGUUUUCACUACAAGAUAUUCCUAGCUUUCCAGCAGAGCAGGCAUCUCUGGAGCUGAGCUCCCCUCUGACGAUAGUGAGCUUCACUGUGAUUCUGGGAGCCCACAACGUAAGUAGUCAAGAACCGAGCCAGCAGAAGAUCCCUGUUGGAAAAUGGGUCAUUCAUCCUGAAUAUUCCCGUGAAGGCUUCAUAAAUGAUAUUAUGCUGCUGAAGCUGAAGAAAAAAGCCAAGAUCAAUGAGUAUGUGCAAUAUAUCUCCUUUGCCAAAGAAAAUGAACAUGUGAGAGUAGGAGCCUUAUGCAGUGUGUCUGGCUGGGGCCGGACAUCUCUGAACCCGCCAGCGAGUGAUGUCUUGAGGGAGGCGGAACUGAAGGUGCAAAAGCAGGAGAUCUGUCAGCAGGUUUUCCCUAACUACAAGCGUCAGUCUAUGAUCUGUGUUGGUGAUGAAAACCGUAAAAAAGCAACUUACAAGGGUGAUUCUGGUGGCCCAUUAGUCUGCAAUAAGAAGGCUCAUGGCAUUGUUUCUCGUGGAAUAAAACAUCGCCUAUUUCCUAAGGCAUUCACCAGGAUCUCACACUUUGAGCCCUGGAUCCGUAAGCAGCUGACAAGGUUUGCACUCCAAGAUAUUCCUGGCUCUACAUCCUCUGACUAA